CCUCACAAUUCACUUGAUUUUAUUCUACAACGGCUAAAAAUUCUGUGCUCAAUCAUUUUCGUAUUCAAAGAAAUUCUGGUGAUACAACACAACUGUAAAAAAAUUUUGAAACCGUAUAAUACGCUUGAAUUAUACAAAUUAUUUAUUUGGCCAAAAAUGGCGCCGCCUGUUUAUGCUGAUUUGGGCAAGCUAGCCCGCGAUUUGUUCAAGCGUGGUUAUCAUCCUGGCCUAUGGCAGCUCGACUGCAAAACUAUGACUAGCUCCGGCAUUGAAUUCUUUACGACUGGCUUUGCCAGCCAGGAUGCCAGCAAAGUGAUGGGCUCUUUGCAAAGCAAAUAUAAUAUUGAGGAUUAUGGGAUUACGCUCACCGAACGAUGGAACACGGAUAAUCUACUCUAUGGCGAAAUUGCGCAAAAAGACAAAUUGGUUGAGGGCCUUUUGCUCGCAUUGGAGGGCCGUUUUCAACCAUCAUCAGGCGAUAAGAGUGGCAAAUUUUUGGCAAGAUAUGCCCAAGACUAUUUCAACAUACUAGGGAAAUGUGAUAUCAAGAGGGAUCCCAUAAUUGGUCUGUCUUUGGUGGUGGGCCACGAAGGCUUCUUGGCCGGCGCUUCCACUGACGUCGAUAUAAACGCCGAAAAUGUGAAUUGGAGUGUUGCGCUGGGCUGGAGCAAUGAUAAGACGACCCUACAUGGCGAACUAAUUAAUGCUAAAGGCUGGCUGGUCUCGGUGUUCCACAAGGCAACUGAUCAAAUAGACGCCGCUAUUGAGAUCGGCCAGCCUGCCUCGCCAUUGGAGGGCGAUGACUUGCAAUUUGGAGAUGUGAAUGCUGGUAUAGGCAUGAUCUAUCGUUUGGAAGGUGAUGCGCUAAUUCGUGCCAAAAUUAACAGUAAUGCCGAAGUAGGCCUGGGCUUUCAGCAGAAGUUGCGUGAAGGCAUCACCAUGUCCAUAUCGACGGUGCUCAAUUGCAAGCAAUUCAGCGAUGGCGAUCACAAAUUCGGCGUUGGCCUCUCCUUGGAGUGCUAAGAGCAGUUGUCCAUAUCGCUAUCAAAUUUGUUGCUUUCAUUGAUUUUGUGAUUCUGUUGUUAAACGUUCUACACCUGUUAGUAUUUGUGUCCUGCCU